CGCUGACGACUGAAAGCAGAUAUUACCAAAUUCUUCCGCUUUUUAUUUUCAUCAACCAUGAGGAUUUCUCACAAACUUGUUGCUGCCACCGUCUUUAUAGGAUCCGUUGCAGCAUACUCAUUGAACACUUCCGACCGCCGUACCUUCCUGAGCCAAACAGCAGCGGCUUCGGUAUCGCUAGUAGCUGCCCCAGGUGUUGCUAAAGCUGAUGGUCAAGAUACCUACAGCGAUUUCAUUACCACCGAAUCAGGGCUCAAAUACAAGGUGACGAAGGAAGGCACUGGCGCUGUCCCCGAGCCUGGGCAGACGGUGAAGGCCCAUUACACAGGAUGGCUCGAAGGAUUCGAAUCGCCAAAAAAAUUUGAUAGCAGCAGAGAUCGGAACCGUCCCUUCCAGUUCCGUGUUGGAGCUGGUCAGGUUAUUCGUGGAUGGGAUGAGUCGUUUGGUGCCAUGGCUGUUGGUGAGCGGCGCCAGAUUAUCAUACCUCCUCGUCUCGGGUACGGAGACCGCGGUGCCGGAGGUAUAAUUCCAGGCGGAGCGACUCUUUAUUUCGACGUUGAGCUAUUAGGGCUACUUUAAAGCUAGAAGCUUGGAAAUCAUCUCACAUUAAAAAUCCCUAAGAAGAGGUUCAUGAC